AUGGACCUGGCUCCUCCCCCUGCCAUGCAGUUCGAGGUGGACGUAGAUCUGGGCUUCGCUCUCUUCUUCCUCUUCCUCCUGUGUUUCUUCCUGUUGGUGACAGUGGUGCGCUGCGCCCAGACUGUGGUGGAUCCUUAUGGCUCCAUCUCCACCUCCACCUACCAGGAGGAGCAGAUCACCUGA